AUGGCCACCACCGCCGCCAGAGUACGCACCCGCAAACAACAUGUGUUUCGCUCCGUCUUCCCGCCCGAUGCCUUGCAGCCGAGACACGCUGCCAGCCACAGCGGAAGCAGUGCACACGGUUCUGCGGCUGUGACUGGCCGACGGACGCGUGGCAAUCAUUCUACUUCUACCCAGCAAUCGUCGUCCACUGUUGUCAGCGAUCAGCUGCGGUGGGAUCGUGCCUGGCAUGUAGUCACCUCACGCAUUCAACUCCCUACGUCUGUGGCCGUCGAAGAUUCCUUUGGUGCUCUGGUGCCCGAAUCCCAGGAUCUCGAUGUGACCUUUUACGAUUCUCUAACCCUUGUCUUGGAUCCUGCUGCUACCGUCCCGCAAGCUGCUCACACUGAGGACAUCUUGCUGUGGCACUCUCAACAAGUCCGUCAGCACUUCCUCCACCAUGUGCUCCCUUUGCUUGCCGCAUGUACCUCUAGCCAUCAGCAGAGCCACUCUCAGGUUCUUCGCAGCAUCAUACGCACCCUGGAGGCUGCCCACAGACAGUACCUGUACGGGCUGAUGCUCGUCGUUCGAGGCUUCCGCGAUGACGCACCCGCAGAAGCAGCCAUGACCAAGUUCAGGAGAGACAUGCACGCUAUUGUUGGUAAUUCGUGGACUCCGGAGUUAAUAUCUGUUCUCCGUAGUGUUUUGCAUCAUAGUCUGCGGAUAAUACUGGGUUCUAGUAGUCGAGACAAUGGCCUUGGACCGGGAUGGAGCCGAGAAGCCGAAGUCCCCAAGGCACGCGGUGAACUUCUCGGCCUCCUCGAAUCCCUGCACCAGGUUGGAUUGGGAGGCGACAAGUUUCAAGUCUUGUUUGCUGAGAUGAUGGAUGCCUGCAUGCAAGAAUUCAUCAAAGAUUCCUAUAGCAGAGUGUGGAAGGUAUCCAGUGGUCGACGCAAUACUCGAGUGCCAACAGGGCCUGUCUGCUUGAAUCACUUGUGCGACUGGGUUGAGAAGUGCUAUGCUCGGCUGGCAGUGGAAGUCCUCCACCGCCUUGGUGGCCAAGUGGCCUGGAACGACGUAGAGCGGUGGAGAGACGUAGCCACUGGGCGGCUUGCGACACUGCGGAUGCACGAGCUCUUUGAUAUUGUCCUACACUGGCCAGACAGCAAAGGAGGCCUCGAUGACUUGGCGUCUUCCGUGACUACACCUCAGCGUCGCCUUCAGCUCACAGAUGCCUUCUCGGCCACCCUCCAGGCCAGGCUGUUACAUCCCGGCCGCUCCACACUUGACAUUCUGCAGACUUACAUUUCCAUGAUACGAACAUUCCAUGCGCUGGACCACUCCAAAGUCUUGCUCGACAGAGUUGUGCCGGCGCUGAAAUUAUGUUUGUGGAACAGGGAUGAUGCCAUUCGCAUCGUCGUCACAGGCUUAUUGGCCAACCCGAACACUGCACAUACCGAGGAGAACCAGGGGAAGCUGGUGGAGCUUGCAGUUAUUUUGAACGAAACGUCACAGCAGCAUCAAGGGCGCGCUGACGAUGAGGAUCUUGGCUGGAACGAUAUGAGCUGGGUCCCAGACCCUGUGGACGCGAGUGUCAACUACAAGCGGCCCAAGAAUGAGGACAUCAUAGGCACACUGAUAAGUGCUCUUGGCUUACAAGAUGUCUUCAUCAAAGAGUUUCAAGUCAUUGUUGCGGAACGACUGCUUUCCAAGCAAACCGGCUUCCAGCAGGAGAUUAAGGUUCUCGGUCUGCUGAAGAAGCGGUUUGGAGAAGCAGCUUUACAGAACUGCGAUGUCAUGAUACGAGACAUUGUAGACUCCAAACGCGUGGAUUCAGUCCUUCGCCGGAACUUGAGAAGCGAUGGCGCACUGGAGCCGCACUCGCUCUCAUAUCAUUCCAAGAUUCUGUCACGUCUGUUCUGGCCGAGUCUACCUAAAGAUCCAUUUACUGUGCCCUUACCGGUAGCACAAGUUCAGAAGAAAUACGAAGCUGGAUUCGAGCAGCUCAAGUCUUCACGGAAACUCAAUUGGCUGGACCACUUGGGAUCAGCAACAGUCAGGCUGGAUCUCGAUGAUCGCUCUAUUGAAUUGGACUGCAAAACGUAUGAGGCGGCUGUGAUUUACGAAUUCCACCGCGACGAUGACGGAUCAGGGUCAUCUGGCCCGGCUCAAAGAACGUUUAACGAGAUAUGGGAGAAGCUCAUGAUUGACGAGGACCUUUUAGAGAGCGCCCUUAAGUUUUGGGUAUCUCAGCGAGUUUUGAGCGAUAUCGGCAACAAGACGUACCUGGUGCUGGAGACGCUUGAUAGCGAUACAGGAGACAAGGAGCUGGCGGAGGAUGACAUUGGAGCGGGCGGCGAUGUGGAAAACGAACAACCGUCACCAAAGAAGGCAAAGAGCAUGAGUGCAAAGGAAAAGGAACAGAGGACCGUGUACUGGCAAUUCAUCGUCGGCAUGCUGACCAAUUCAAGCCCGGCGAUGCCCCUUGGGCAAAUUGCCAUGAUGAUGAAGAUGCUCCUCUCCGACGGGUGCCCCUGGAGUAAUGAGGAACUGCAGGAAUUCCUUGGCGAAAAAAUUACAGAGGGCGAUCUGGAGCUUGUGGGGGGGAAAUAUCGACUACCAAAGAAAUGA